AUGGUACAGUUGCACAACGAUCCAGACGUAUUACAUUCUAAAGUUGACAACUCAGAGAUCACUAUUUUGAAACGGUAUCUUUUUAACUCUAACGACCAAAGAAUGACCACCAUCGUAAAGUAUAAAAACGAAGUUUACGUAUUAAUGAAAGGAGCUCCGUCCAAAGUCAUUGAGUUUGUCAAAAAUCCCCCUGUAAACUAUGAAGUUGAAUCCAGAAAAAUCUCGAUGCAGGGUAAACGUGUUAUCGCGCUUGCUUAUAAGAAACUCAAGAGCCGUCUAUCAUUGCAAGAUCUAAAUCAAUACACGAGAUCCAUGUUAGAAGAAGACUUGAUUCUGUCUGGUUUGAUCUAUUACACAUGUUUAGUUAAAUCUCAAACCGUCAAAACGAUCAAACUGUUGCGGAACACUUUGCACAGUGUUCGCAUGAUCACCGGUGAUGAUCCCAUCACAGCAGGAAACAUAUCAUACAAAUGCAGCAUUAUCGAUACCGACAAUUUUUUCUUACUCAAUUAUGAUUCAGAAAAUGGUUUUUCGGAGUACAACAUUAACACAUGGACUACGACCAACGUGUCAAUAGAUGAAGUUCUAACCAGUAAAAACAAAAAUUACGUAAUAGAUGGCAAAAACUUAGCUCGUUUAGAAGAAACUAAUUACGACUUGUUGGUUCAACUUGUAAACAGGCUUAAGAUAUUUGCCAGAAUAAAGCCUAGACAAAAGCAACUAUUAAUAAAGAUUUUGAACGAUUUGGGUAACGUCACUCUUAUGUGUGGAGAUGGAACGAACGAUGUUGGAGCUUUGAAAGAAGCGCACGUUGGCGUCAAUUUGAUGAACGCGGAAGAAGUCCAAGAUAAAGAAAUAGAUGAAAUAAAUCACAUAGAUGAAUGUACUAUCGAGCCUGUCAAACUAAGCCGAUCUAGACGAAAAGCCGCACUAGUCCGUGUCAUAAUGUCUUACAAGAUGAUGGCGCUAAACUCUCUUGUAACUGCGUUUUCGUUGUCUGUUUUGACAAUGUACGGAGUUAAAUUUGGAAUCAAUGAGUUGCUCGAAUUCAGUAAUGCCGAUGGCGAAGCUAUCUGCACGCGUUUGGGUGGAGUAGAAAUUGCAUAUCUCCAAGCUAUUAAACGUUUGGCUGCUUGA